UACAAAACAUAAAUGGAAUGGCGCCUCAACGAUUAGUGGGCGUGGUUGACCUGGAGAGUUGUAUGACCUUCGUCAAGACGGUGGCGCCGCCAAUGUGCUAUAGAGUCGCACUACGCUAAAUAACAUGUUCGCGAAUAUGGCGUUUACUCUGAUCAAGUGGGUUUCGGUGUAAGAACAAUGGACCGAUAGCGCUCUGCCGAAGAAUUGAACAAAAUUCUGAAAGGUCAUAAAAGAUCCAUAAUGAAUAAGAUGGGAACGGCCUACCAUCGUCAAAAUAUGUGCAACGAUUUGCUGUUCUCCUUUGGUGCAAUAGCUGAUGUUCAGUGCGGCGACCUGGAUGACCGUGAAAUUCCAACUCUUCCAAAGCGGUACUAUCGUGGUGCGCUUUCGAAUCUUGGAGACGCUGUCAAUUUCUGGAACGAAAGAUGCCAGCGUCCAUCCUUUGUUCUUCAGCUUGGGGAUGUGUUGGAUGGCUUCAAUGUGACACGUGGUGGGAAAGAUCAGUCGAGACAAGUCCUUGUUAACGUCCUCAAGGAAUGUUCGGGGUUCAAGGGCGAGUUCCACCACGCAUGGGGCAACCAUGAAUUCUAUAACUUCACGAGACUAGAGCUUCUGAACUCCCCUCUCUUCUCAGGAAAAAAGUACCUCGAACAGUGCCAUCUACGUGCUUAUAAGCGAUCCCUUUGUCAAGAAACCCACUUGAAUUUGUUAGGUUCUGACUCCAGCCAACGUAUUUUGCAAGGUGGGACUGUGACAAAUUUGGUCAGUCCCCAUGGAUUCACCGAUGAGACCACACCAGCAUAUUAUGACUUCAGUCCUUUCAAAGGUUUUAGGUUUGUUCUACUUGACACAUUUGAGAUAUCCACAAUCGGUUACUCCAAUGUAGACUGUCCAGAAAGGGAAGCGGCUCUCAAGAUAUUAAAGGUACACAACAAAAACCAGUUCUUAAAUGACUUUUCAGGAUUAGAAGGAAAAGACCGAAGAUUUUGCAGUUACAAUGGCGGUAUCAGCAACAGGCAGUUACAAUGGCUAAAGGACGUUCUCUGCAGAGCUUUCAACCACCGAGAGAAAGUGAUUGUGUUUGGCCAUGUACCUAUCUAUCCAGAAGUAAGCUUGGAUGAUUGUCUAGUGUGGAACUACCAAGAUGUCCUCUCCAUCCUUCAGUCCAACCAGUGUGUCAUCGCGACAUUGUUCGGUCACACUCAUCAGUAUAGACACCUCACUGAUGAAACAGGUAUUCAUCAUUUUGUUUUACCAGGAGUCGUAGAAUGCCAGCCAGGAUCAAACGAUUUCUUGACCUUUGAUAUGUCUGCUGAGGGUAUGGUUGUGAACAGAGCUGGUGAAAUAUUGCCUUUGACAUUGGAAUACAGAAAGAUGAAUAAAUCCAUGGAUCCAUUACAUAACAUCUGAUGAAACGGGUUUUCACCAGUUCUGCCAGGAGUCGUAGAAUGCCAGCCAGGAUCAAAUGGUUUCUUUACCUUUGAUAUGUCUACUGAGGGUAUGGUUGUGCACAGAGCUGGUGAAACAUUGCCUUUGACUCUGGAAUACAGACAGAUGAAUAUAACCAUGGAUCCAUCACAUUACAUCUGAUGAAAUGGGUUUUCACCAGUUUGUUCUGCCAGGGGUCGUAGAAAGCCAGCCAGGAUCAAACGGUUUCUUGACCUUUGACAUGUCUUCUGAGGGUAUGGUUGUGCACAGAUUUGGUGAAACAUUGCCUUUGACUUUGGAAUACAGGAAGAUGGCCGUGGGUCCAUGAUACAACCGAUGAAACUCUGCCUUGAUUUAAUCAUCUGCUGUGCAUGCGACCAUCCCAGGACCAAAAUCCAAUUGAAACCAGUUGGAUUUCCAACUGGUUUCAAUUGGUUUCAAUUGGUUUCAACUGGUUUCAAUUGGUUUUAACUGGAAUUUAACAAUUUCCAGUUGAAACCAAUUGAAACCAGUUGGGCAACUGGAAAUCCUAACUGGAACCAGUGAGUUGGGUAACUGGAAAUGACUUCCAAUUGGGAAUGAUUUCUAACUGGAACCAGUUGAGUAACUGGAAAUCCCAACUGGAACCAGUUGGGCAACUGGAAAUCCUAACUGGAACCAGUUGGGUAACUGGAAAUGACUUCCAAUUGGAAAUGAUUUCUUACUGGAACCAGUUGAGUAACUGGAAAUCCCAACUGGAACCAGUUGGGCAACUGGAAAUCCUAACUGGAACCAGUUGGGUAACUGGAAAUGACUUCCAAUUGGAAAUGAUUUCUAACUGGAACCAGUUGGGCAACUGGAAAUCCUAACUGGAACCAGUUGGGUAACUGGAAAUGACUUCCAACUGGAAAUGAUUUCUAACUGGAACCAGUUGAGUAACUGGAAAUCCCAACUGGAACCAGUUGGGCAACUGGAAAUCCUAACUGGAACCAGUUGGGUAACUGGAAAUGACUUCCAAUUGGAAAUGAUUUCUUACUGGAACCAGUUGAGUAACUGGAAAUCCCAACUGGAACCAGUUGGGCAACUGGAAAUCCUAACUGGAACCAGUUGGGUAACUGGAAAUGACUUCCAAUUGGAAAUGAUUUCUAACUGGAACCAGUUGGGCAACUGGAAAUCCUAACUGGAACCAGUUGGGUAACUGGAAAUGACUUCCAACUGGAAAUGAUUUCUAACUGGAACCAGUUGGGUAACUGGAAAUCCUAACUUGAACCAUUCAGUUGUGUAACUGGAAAUCCUAACUGGUACCAAUUGGGUAACUGAGAUGACUUCUAACUGGAAAGAUGGGUAACUGGAAAUGAAUUCUAAUUGGAACCAGUUGGGUAACUGGAAAUUAUUUCCAAUUGGUUUCCAAUUGGAAAUUUUCCAGUUACCCAACUGGAUCCAAUUGAAACCAGUUAAUUUGCAUAUUAUUUGCCAGUGUGCACAGAUUAAUGUUUUAUGAGAUUAAUCAUCAUUAACAAUGUAUCUAUUUAAUUCUUUACAAUUUCAAGUACCACACUUUUUAAAGAUUAGUAUUUAGAAUACUUAGCAGUGAAAACCAUGUUCAUAAAUGUUAUAGAUUAUAAUUAAAACAGAUUAAAGGAUAAUUAGUACACCACUAACUGUUACCAAAUUACAUCAAAUAAAAGUACAUAUAUUUGAAGAUCUUCCAUAUAAAUAUAUAUACAUGAAAGUCUGUAUUUUAUCAAUGCCCUUUACAUUGGUAUUAAUAGACAUAUCACUGCUUCUGUGUUGGCAUGAGAAAUAGUUACUGCAAAUGCUAAUUAAUUUGUAACUAAUUAAGUUCGUUCCAACUGGAAGUUCCAAUUGGAUCCAGUUGGAAACCAAUUGGUUUCAACUGGUUCCAGUUGAAACCAGUUGCCUCCAAUUGGUUUCAACUGGAACCAAUUGAAACCAGUUGCCUCCAAUUUGGAUUCAAUUGGUUUUAAUAGGGAAAUUGGAACAACUGGAACCAAUUGACAACAAUUGGCAACUGGUUUUCAAUUGGUUUUUAACUGGAACCAAUUGGCAACUGGUUUUCAAUUGGAACCAGUUGUUCCAAUUUCCCUAUUGAAACCAGUUGGCCAACUGGUUUCAAUUGGUUUUGCCCUAAUUGGUUUUAACUGGAUUUUGGUCCUGGGAUGCCUUCGAUAAAACAUACUGUUUUGUUACAAGUUAUUGAAAUCCUUGCAUCUCAUUGGCUCAGAGCAGAUUUGUCAAGAAGAUUCAUGAAAAUCUUCCCAGUGAUCACGCUGUUCAAAAUUUUUAAAGGGAUACUCCGGGCUGAAAAUAUUCAUAUCUUAAUAAAAAGAGUAAAAUUCACGAAACAAAGUGCUGAAAAUUUUAUCAAAAUCGGAUAACAAAUAAUGAAGUUAUUGAAUUUUAAAAUUUAGCAUUAUUUUAUGGCAAUAGUUAAAUACACAUCAUCAUUAAUAUUCAUUAGGUGGGCUGAUGAUGUCACAUCCCCACUUUCCUUUUUCAUAUGUUAUUACAGAAAUAAUAAUUGUUUCAUUUUUUCAUUCAUGUGUGAAUAACCUGUCUCCUCUAUGAUGAAAUAAGUUGCAGCAAUUUAUAUCAAAUGCACUCAUCAGUUGUCAAUCCAAUUUUUUCAGUUCUUGGUAGAAAAACAUUGAAUAAACCUAAUUUCAUUUAAUAAAAUACAGAAGAACAAGUGUGGAUAUGACAUCAUCAAUUUGCUAAUUGAAUAUUAAUGAAGACAUGCCUAGAACUGUUUCAAUGGAAUAAUGCAAAUCUUUAAAAUGCCAUAACUUUGUUAUUCGUUGUCCGAUUUGGAUCAAAUUUUCAGUGUUUUGUUUGUCCGAUUUUCUUUAUCUGUUUAAAUCAUAUCAUUUUCAACCCGGAGCAUCCCUUUAAGCACGUUGUUUAAGCCUGUCGCUCAAACAACUAGUUUAAACAAGUUAUUUAACUUAAGAGCUUCAAGAUUUAAACAACCUGUGUAACUUUAACAACUUACAGUUUUGAAUUAUUUUUACUUGGAAAAUUUUGUUUAAAUUAAUGUUUAACUUUUUUACUCAAAUUGUUUAUACGUUUUAACAAUGGGCUUAAGAUUUCAAACAGCGUUUUUACAGUGGUAUAUACUGUGCAAGUAUUUAGUGCAGAGUACUUAUAGUCACAAUUGCAUUCCAUUGCCAGAGAGUGAUGACCCUGGCCCUUUAAGGUGAUGUGUUCCAUACCAUGCAUACGACGGUGCAACGAAUAUGUUUAAGGUCAGGUUUCUUUUCAAGCUUGUGAAACAAACCGGGAGAGCCUUAUCUCACCUACGCCAGCCAGGCUACAACAUAAAGCACCUUCAGGAACCAUUUAUCUCUUAUUCAAUUUUCAUUCCAGUCAGACUUAUGAGUAUGGCAGGGUAAAUGUUAGCAUGCACAGUAGUGGACUUUAGUAAUUUUUCAGUUUCUUACCCCAUGAGAAUCAAUCUUAACUGGUAUAAAGGACUGGUCAGUCCGACGAAAAAAAAUUGUCAAAAUCAACCAACCUAUUAGUAGAAUACUGACAUAUUUUUUAUCGGUCGGACUCAUAUUCACCAACAUAUUAUUUACUUUGACCAAUACAUUUAAGAGUGUUUUUUUUUCAAACUCACUAAAUUUUGUGUCUCGCGGAAGAGUUUUGAUUCACAUUAUUUUACAGUAUGUCGUUGAAAAGUAAAACGGCAACAAUAACAACAAUUGUGAGACCAUAUCCGUAAUUUUCCGCACAAUGUCUUAUGACCAAUUAUAUAUAUUUAAUUCUUCGUGAGUUAAUAAUACUGUCUUAAUCUUCAAGUUUCUCAAACAGUCACUGUCGUACGUCUUGAUAUGAAAAAACAUUUUUUUAAUCAUUAUUAUCUUAAAUGCAUGAUUAACUGAUUGAAACAUGUAUUUAUGCCCACUGGUCACAAAACUCUGCUCGAUUAAAAUGAUUGGAUAUGAAGGGGUGAAGGGGUAAAAUAAUCUGUUUCCACCUUAAUCAAUUUUAGCAAUAUUUUCUUUUUUAAUAUAGGAUAGUUGAAAAAGCCAGUGAAUAAAUACUAAUUUACUUUAUUCUCUAUCAGGUUUUAGCCACAUCCGGUGUGAAUAUGAUCCAUAAAGUAACAUUAAUUUGAUUAUUACUUAUUCCUUGCAUUAAACUGUAAAUAUUUCUUUUUGUUUUCAAUGCCAUAAUAUAUUUUUUGUAUCUUAGAAUUUAUCUGAAGGUUCAUGAUGGGUUUAACGAAUAUCUGCUCUUCUUUAUUUUGGGGACUAUAUUCCUAAUGACUUCUUAGAAGAUGUUUUAUCCAUAUUUAUUAUGAUCGGAUUGUGCAUUUUUAUUGUCAAUUUUCCAAGUAAUUUCAUGUGAUGUAUAAAACCAUUUCGGUUUUGACAAGUAAAUCCACCUUUUUUUUAAUUAUAUUUUAUAACUUUUUAAAAGCGAUGUUUUUUUUUAUAUGAGUCAGGGUAUGAAAUUCGAGAUAUUGAUAAGAUUGUGUACAGAAUGAAAUUAUUUAAUAUCAUAAAUUGGGCACAUCUGUGCUACAUGAUGCUAUAAUGUUGAUCUUUCAUACUAUGUCUUUUAAUAAUGUCUUUGAGCAAAGUUUUGCCUUCUUAAUCUUUAUUCGAUCGUCUAAACAAAGAUAUCCUCUACAUUGAAAAAUUAUAAAAGAACACCAGCCAGUGUUGAGCCAAGUCCACACCCUUAGGUGUUAAGAAUAUACACCAUCAAAUUUGAAUACACUGCACCAAUUAGUGUCGAUGCAGAAUAGCACCUAUGGGUGUUGAACUCGCACCAUAAAUUUAACACUCGUGUAAAGUGCUUGAUACGCAUGUUUAUCUCUGUUUACACCGUCUGGUCUAAGAUUUAACACCAUUGGUUUUUUUGCAGUGUAAUGACUGUAAAUUAUAUAAAAAUGACCUUCCAUGCACCCUAUUCGAAAUAACAUUCAGAUUUAUUUUUUCAAGGUAUAAUAACUGCUCUAGAAUACAAUGCAAAUAUAAUAUUGAAAAGGCCUAGUUUUUAAAAGGAUUUUGACAUAAAGCAAAAAGAGACCUAGCAUUUUUUAUUAACCGAUAUUUCGAAAAAAAUCGCAAAAAAAUCUACACCAUGAUAUUUGAUAUCUUAUAAAGAAGUGUGAAUGAUAUAGCACGAUAGGAUAUUAAUUUAGACCAAAUAUUAACACAUAUCCAUAUACGGACAAACAUUUAUGUCUAAUUUUUUAUAUACUGUACAUCUAUUCCUUUCGUUAUUUUGCAAACCCUACAAAAUUACAAAAAAAAUUAAUCGGGAGUUUGAAAACAAUAUCGGUCUUUUUUAUUCUGAUGAGAUUUUUUGUUUAAAAUAGAAAAAUCAUCUUGUUCAUUUUGAAACUCGGGGUACUUCAGAAUCAUGAAUGACUAUUAAUAUUAGAUUACAUUGUAGGUCUGAAUUGCAA